CGCCCUAGCCCUUGUUCAUUUCAGGUCUUAGAAGCAAGGGGCGGGGACUCAGUACGGUUUCCCGCCUUUCUGGUCUUGCAGUUUUCACAAAGGUCCGCACAAUCGCUACAUAAGGGGCUGCAGUUUGCUAGCGUUAGACUCAGUCGGCGUACUUAGUUUUUCUCAGUUAUGUCUGGUCGGGGCAAGGGCGGGAAAGGCCUGGGAAAAGGGGGCGCUAAGCGUCACCGCAAGGUCCUGCGUGAUAACAUCCAGGGCAUCACCAAGCCUGCCAUUCGCCGUCUGGCCCGGCGUGGCGGUGUGAAGCGCAUUUCCGGCCUCAUCUAUGAGGAGACCCGCGGGGUGCUGAAGGUGUUCCUGGAAAACGUAAUACGGGAUGCUGUCACCUACACCGAGCACGCCAAGCGCAAGACUGUCACCGCCAUGGACGUAGUCUAUGCGCUCAAGCGCCAGGGACGCACUCUCUAUGGCUUCGGCGGCUAAGAUUGAACUUUGUAAGGUUUUUCUGUUUUCUAUAGCAAAGGUAAAGGCCCUUUUCAGGGCCACCUACCUCUUCUAUGGAAGAGCUCACACUUACCAUUUCGUGGUCUGUAGGGUAGUUUGGUACAGAUGGGAGAAGUGAAGCACUAAAAUGUUGUUUAGACAUAGUUCGGUCUUCAGUCCCUAAGGUGUUUACACAAUGCUGGAGGUGUUACUAUCGCUGUUCCUGAUGUAU